AUGGCCGUCAUUGACCCUUCUAGCUCGCGGGAUUCUUCGUCCAACAAAACGUUGGAGGCUCCGGUACAGAGCAUCCCGGAACACCACGCCGAAAUGAAAAAGGCGGGCUCCUCACCGCCUGACCAACCUCAGCACAUUCCCAAUACACCCUGCGAAUACAAGGAGAUCAAUGGCACAACUGACGAGUUCGAUCAUGUAGCAGCAUUUGCUGCCAGCGACCCUUUCAACCUUGACGAUGGCGAAAACCGCGUCAUUGGCCACAACGGCAAGCAGCGCUGUAGCGAAACGACCGAGGGCAGCAAUUCUGUGCCCUACUCAGGUGAUUGGGCAUCUCAGGCUACCAGUGCUACCACCGGCAAGAUGCCGCUUUCUCCCAGCACGCAGGGCACUAGUAUCAUCAGCCAGGAAUCCUUGGAGCGGCCAUCUAGUGUUCCGGUCACCACCAUUACGGCCCCGGAGGGCAACCAUCUAGCCCCACCGUUACCGCCAAUGGAAUCCGUCAACUCGAAUGAAGAACAUUCAAACGGAAGCACGCUCAAGUUGACUGGGUCGCCUGACAGAUCGCCAAGCUCGGAGAAGUCGUUGAAGAAGAAACCAAGCCGGUUCAGAAUGAACGCGCUGAAGUUGUUCAGACGUGACAAAGGCAGUAGUUCCCCCUCAUCUGCAGGGGAACCUGGCGGUUGA